CAAUCUACCAUGGCCACUUCUUAAUCUGAAGCAUUUGACGCUGAUGAUCGGUCUGGUACGACAUGAGCUCCCUGGGUUGCUGUGCUUGCUUAGGAGUUCCCCUAAUCUCGAGACUCUUGCCAUCCAAACAGGUUUUGAAAACUUUCUGGAUGGCUACAUCUUUCCCAAAUGUGCUCUGAUGCCUAGUGAGUAUUGGGAGUCAUUGAGGCUAACUUUCAAUCCUUUCCAAUUUCUGAGGAUGGUUAAAAUGGAGGGCUUCCAAGGGGAUGGAAAUGAGAUGGAGCUACUGAAAUUCUUGCUAGAAAUGGCGUUGGUCUUAGAGACAAUGACCAUCAUACCGGCCAACCGUGCGUUCUUGGAAAUGGAUGGAGGAGCUUUGCCCUUGAUUGCAAAGGCUGUGGAAGAACUUCAAAAUUCUGAAAUUGCCUCUCCAAACGUGGAAAUAUCUUUCUGCUGAAUCUGGAAAUUGUCUGUGAACGAUAUGCAUGUCUAGAACUUAGGUCACUAGACCAGCUUUAUCUCCUAAAUAGUGAUGUUUGCAGUAGCUUUAA